CGGUUCGAUCGCGCCUGCGCGAGCGGUGUUGUUGGGUGGGCGGUUGCGUCGGCGCGCGCUGCUUCUGUUGCCCGGGCAGCCCGCCGGUGGUUUGUUUCUCUCCGCGAUAGCUGUACCGGGCCGAGGGCGCUGCCGGGGACUCCGCUCCCCUGUCCCUGCCUGGGGCCCGACACAGCCCGCCGGGUGCCCCACGCCGUCGCUCCCCUGAGGCGGGACCGUGCCCGCGUCCUUGCCGCGGGAUGAAGAGGUUUUUUGGGUUUGGGUUUGGGUUCGGGUUCGGGAGGAAGAGGAAGGGGCAGCCGCCGUCCGGCAGCGCCUCCGUGCCCUGUCCCGCCGGUGCCUACGAGCUCCGGCAGAAGGACCUGGGCAAGCUGCACCGCGCGGCCGCCAGCGGCGACCUGGCCCGGGUGCGGCAGGGACUGAAGAAACACGGCAUCGACGGGCGGGACAAGGCGGAGCGGACACCUCUGCACCUCGCUUGUGCGAGUGGCCAUGUGGAUGUUGUUACAUAUCUAGUGGAAAACAAGUGUAAACUAAAUCUUCUUGACAAUGAUAACAGAUCACCGCUGAUGAAGGCAGUACAGUGCCAGCAAGAAGAGUGUGUGGCUAUUCUGCUAGAGCAUGGUGCUGACCCGAAUCUGGCAGAUGCUGAUGGCAACACUGCCCUUCACCUCGCUGUCAUAUCUCCUAAUACAUCUGUAGCAGGGCUGUUACUUGAGCAUAAUGCCAAUAUUGACGCUCACAAUAAGGAGGGAUAUACCCCGCUUUUUCUUGCUGUCUCUGAACAUCAUGAAGAGAUAGUAGAGUUGCUCCUUAAAAAAGGAGCUGAUGUGCAUGCUCGAGAUCAGUGUGAAAGAACCCCACUUAUGACUGCUGCUUCUGGCGGGGAGCUUAAUUUGAUAAAAGUUCUUCUUCGGUAUGGUGCUGAUGUUUCCCAUAAAGACAGUCAGGGAUGGACAGCUGAGGAUUAUGCUGUUAUUCAUGGAUAUUCUAGUCUUAGUGAACAACUGGCAGAAUACACAGACGGGGAAAACACAGGAGAAGCUUCUGCAGGUGGUGCACAAGGCAUCACGGUACUUAGCACUCCUCACCGGACGGGAGCUGCUGGCUUUACGUUGGGUGCACCUGCUAUGGACAGAGGAGGAAUGCAACAAUCUCCUAACCAGACAUCAAGAACAGGAAAAUCAAGGAAAGCAAUAGAUGACUUUUCCCAAGGAGACUCAAUCAGAAGCUCUGAGAAAGAGGGGAGUGAUGACAGUUGGCAUACUUCUGAGGAAGAAGAACUCGAUUUUACCCCCAAGAAGCUGCAGAAGCCAAACUUGACACUGCUAAUGAAAGCUUCCCAGCUGUUCAGGAAAAACAAUGAUGGUGAUGGUUCUAAAAUUGAAAGUCCUAAGACACCAAAGAGCCGCCUCAAACAAAGAACCCCGUCACAUGCAAACCUGAACAAAGGAGUACGUGGAGAAUUGUUGAAUCAAGAUGUCUCAGAUGGAAGCAACUUUGAGGAAGAAGAAUUGGAGGAGAAGGAUGAUGAUGAAAAUGAGAAUGGAGAUGAUGAUGAUGAAGAUUCUGAGGAGGAGGAGGAGGAUGAAGAGGAUGAAGAUCUGGAAGAUGAAGAAACUCGGUCUAAUGACAUACUGGAGGAGGAGCAGGGAGAGAAAUCAGAACCUAAACGGAAAAUUAAUCAGAAAUUGGAGUAUUUUAGUAAUGCUAAGUUUGAAGGGCAAGCUCAGUGUGGAACUGGAGAUGUCUAUGAUGAUAAAAUAAGUAAAGAACUUGAUGAAGAGGUGGAGGAAUCUGUUGAUACUCCUGUGUCUUUUAUAGCUGGGUGUUUUGAAAGGCUGCAGGAAAAUGUAACUGCCAUGUCUCCAAAGAGAAUGAAUAACGAAGUAUCUUGCAAGUCAGUACCAAAACAACCUGUCUUUCAAAAUGUAAAUAAUUUGCAAAAUACACAAGAAAGCUGGGGCAGGAAAAGCAUGAUUCAGAAGUUUCACAAGAAUGCUGACUCCUUUUUGGCAGACUCUGAAAUGACAGGCUGUAAAAAAGAGCUACUUCAGCCUCUCUCACAUAGUUGUGGUCUUAAAGAGAAAAAGUCGAACUUUGGUGAUGACUUUGAAAGUGGUAAUAAUUCUUCGUCAGCAGCAAAAAACCUAAGGCUUCAAAGUCAAAGACAGAACUCUGUUGUUCUUGAACACAUGGAUGAUGAAGAUACCGAAGAAGAGCAAUAUGAACAAGUAGAUGAUAAAGUCUGUGAAGCACUGAAACAAAGUGAAAGCUUGCACUCAAAUAGGUGUGAAGAAAAUUUAAGAGCAGCAUUUCACUCAAGCACCAAAGAAGAAUCACCUCAACGGGAAGAAGAGGGGAAGGAAGACACUGGUGAAGAGCUCCGAACUACAGUUGUUGAGAGUGUGAAAAAUUCUAUUUGUAAUGAUAGCCAUCAAGUCCACAAUGCUUCAAAAGGCAAUGCUGGUGCCCUGCCACCAGUGGGAGCAGAGGAGGAUGAAGAUGAUGAAUCUCCCUGGGAUUCUGAGAGUAUAGAGACGGAUUCUGAAAAUAUGAGAAAAGGAUCGUCCGGUGUGUUGCUCUCAGCUGCAGACAGACGUGGAGCGUCCUCACAGGUUGCUUCAGGGGAACACAACAAUGGCCUUCCAGAGAAACCCAGCAACUCCCAGCUGAAGGCUCCUGAAUCUGUUUUGGAAAUGAGCGAAACCUCUCCUAAAAAAAGGCAGCAGAAAUCAGGUGCCCUGCCACCAGUGGGAGCAGAGGAGGAUGAAGAUGAUGAAUCUCCCUGGGAUUCUGAGAGUAUAGAGACGGAUUCUGAAAAUAUGAGAAAAGGAUCGUCCGGUGUGUUGCUCUCAGCUGCAGACAGACGUGGAGCGUCCUCACAGGUUGCUUCAGGGGAACACAACAAUGGCCUUCCAGAGAAACCCAGCAACUCCCAGCUGAAGGCUCCUGAAUCUGUUUUGGAAAUGAGCGAAACCUCUCCUAAAAAAAGGCAGCAGAAAUCAGGUGCCCUGCCACCAGUGGGAGCAGAGGAGGAUGAAGAUGAUGAAUCUCCCUGGGAUUCUGAGAGUAUAGAGACGGAUUCUGAAAAUAUGAGAAAAGGAUCGUCCGGUGUGUUGCUCUCAGCUGCAGACAGACGUGGAGCGUCCUCACAGGUUGCUUCAGGGGAACACAACAAUGGCCUUCCAGAGAAACCCAGCAACUCCCAGCUGAAGGCUCCUGAAUCUGUUUUGGAAAUGAGCGAAACCUCUCCUAAAAAAAGGCAGCAGAAAUCAGGUGCCCUGCCACCAGUGGGAGCAGAGGAGGAUGAAGAUGAUGAAUCUCCCUGGGAUUCUGAGAGUAUAGAGACGGAUUCUGAAAAUAUGAGAAAAGGAUCGUCCGGUGUGUUGCUCUCAGCUGCAGACAGACGUGGAGCGUCCUCACAGGUUGCUUCAGGGGAACACAACAAUGGCCUUCCAGAGAAACCCAGCAACUCCCAGCUGAAGGCUCCUGAAUCUGUUUUGGAAAUGAGCGAAACCUCUCCUGAAAAAAGGCAGCAGAAAUCAGGUGAGUACUCAGGAUCUACCUCUCACGUGUCAUCAUCAGCUGCAAAACAAGACAUCAAGGAUGCCAUUGAAAACUAUGGAGUGCAGGUUGAGCUGGAAAAAAGCAAAGAAAGAUGUUUCAAAACAGAGGAGGUGGCAAAACAGGAAGAUCUUGAUAAAUUCAAUACACCACCAGGCAACGUUACUAAUCAGCAAAUGAAACAAAAGCUUACUCUAAGGAAGAAUGACUGUUUGAAAAUGGAGAAUGAAAACACUAUAGAAGAAAAAGACAAAAAGAAUUUAGAAGAAAAAGACAAAAAGAAUUGUUCACCUGAGGAGAGAUCAAAAUUGAUUAAAAUGCCAAUGAAAGGUAAAUUUGCCCUGAAUGCCAAAGUUGCAAGGAAAAAUAAAAGACAGACUUCAAAGCAGAAGGCUAAUCAGCAGAUGAGCUCUUCCAGUGGCAAUCAUUUUCAAGUACUGGAUGACAGCACUUUCAGUGAAACGUCUCAAGAUGAUGGAAGACUUGCAGCAAAAACAGGGACUGAAAAGAACAAGGUCAGCAUACAGAUGGAUGUAACUGAUGACCUUGAUUUAACUCACUCAUCUGACACAACUUCAGAGGAUGUUGAAUUGCCAACUUCAAUCUACAGAGAGGCUAUGUUGCUGUUAGAACAGCUUAGUGUGGAUCCUAGGGGUUCUGCUGUUUUGUUGAAAAUUCAAAACAUACUUCUUGAAUAUGAACAGAUAAUAGAACGUGAAAAAAAUCGGUAUACAGCUGUCUGGAGAGCAUUAAGGAAAUUGGAAAGUGAAAAGGAGGAGUCACAAUUAAUGGCAGAAGAGACUAAAGAUUGGAAAUCCAUAUUGGCUCACCAAGAAGUAGAAUGGAAGAGUGAUAUCCAAACCCUUAAAUUUACUUUGAAACAAGAAGAGGAAAAGAGACUCAGAGUAGAAACACUAAACGAGAAAACAAGAGAAAAACUCAGAAGAGAAGAUCAAUGUUGUAAAGAGAUGGAGGAGAAACAGCAACUUGAGUUACACUCAAGGAAUUUAGAAAUGGAAUUGUUAACAUUGAGAAAGGUCUUGAAACAGGUCGAAGAAGAGCGUGAUGAAACACAGAGGCAGCUCUCUCAGGAAAAGAGUGCCAGAGCCCUGCAAGAAGGAAUUUUGAACAACCACCUUUGGAGACAGAAGGAACUAGAAGGAGAGGCAAGAACUAUAGGAAAAAAUGUAGAAGAAUCUGAGACCAAGAGAGAAAAGGAUCUCCUGUACAAAAAUCAGUUACUACAAGAUGAGAUUGCUAUGCUAAGACUAGAACUUGAUCAAGUACGACUUAGGCACCAAGAGGAGAAAGGAAAAUAUUUAGAGGAAAAUGAGACCUUGAAAGAAAAGAAUGAAGAUCUCAAAAAGGAACUUAAACUGAACGAGGAAGCCUUAACGCAAACAGUUUUUCAGUACAAUGGACAGCUGAACUUAUUAAAGACAGAAUCUGCAGUGCUGACUUCCAAACUUGAGCAGACAAAAGAAAGCAAAGACAGACUAGAGACAGAAAUUGAAUCAUUUCGUUCCCGCCUGACCACUGCUGUUCAAGAACUUGAACAUCAUCAGUCAACGAAAAGUGAUGUCGAACGAACGUUUCAGAGAGAACGUGAUGAAUGGCUUCGCUUGCAAGACGAGCUUCAUCAUGACCUCUCUGAUGUGCGAGAAACCAACAAGAGCUUAUCUCAGCAGCUGAGUAAAGCUGAAAGCAAAGCUAAUAGUCUAGAAAAUGAGCUUCACCAGUUGAAACAAAUGCUCAGAGAAAAAACAUUGCUUUUAGAAAUGACACAAAAAGAAUUAAGUCAAGCCCAAUGCCAGGCAAAGGAAUGUGAUCGUGCUCGACAACUUGAGAAAGAUCAAGUAAGCAAAUUUAUAAUAAAGCAGGAAUCCAUGCAGGAGCGUUUGUCCCAGCUCCAGAGCGAAAACCUUCUACUCCGUCAGCAACUGGAAGAUAUGCAGAACAAGGGGAUCAUCAAAGAAAAAGUAGUGAAUGCUGUGCAGGACCGAUUUAAUGAUAUUUUCAACAAACUCAGAGCUGAUACUGAAAAGCAAGUUUACCUGGUAGAAGAGAGAAACAAGGAAUUAAAUGUCAAGUGUACUGAUUUAAGAGACCAAGUCUUUAAAUAUGAGACUGACAAAGUAGAAAGAGAGAUGCAAAAGCAGAAUGUUCUGGCUUGGACAUCAAAGGACGCACACAGCAUGUGGGAAGAACAAUUGAAGUCAAGAUACCACCUUGAAGAGCGUGUUGCUCAGCUUGACAGGGAAAAGGCUGAACUCUUGGAACAGUGUGAGAGUGAAAGAAAGCAAGCGAAGAAGCUGGCAGAGUUGAAACGCCCAGUUGAACUGCAUCUAGACCAAGAAAUGAAAAGAAACAUUGAACUGCAAAAAGACUGUAAGAGGUUGAAGAGGCUUCUGAACAGAGCUAUGAAUAAACUAAGGAUGUACAAGGAGAGAGAGUCCCAGCUUCAUUUUCAGGGAGAAAUGAAGAACAGGUAUUCUGAAAUGGUCAAUGAAGUUGGUAGAUUAAGAGCAAAGGUUGGUGAACAUUCCCAGCAGCUGGAAAUAGAGUCUAAAAAAUGCAUGCAACUAGAAGCACAAAAUCAGGAUUUGCGAGAACUGUCCACCAUGCAUGGGAACCAUGAAGAACUGGAGAAGAGCAAAUGCCAGCUGAAAGAAGAGGUGGCUAACCUCAAACAUCAUUUGGAGACUAACAUGGUGGAUCAUAGCCAAAUAGAACAAUAUAAAAGGGAGAUGGAAGAACGAACCAGACAAGAAAUAAGACAAAGACUACAAGAAGUGAAUCUGUUUUUGCAGACGCAGGCAGCCUCCCAGGACAGAUUAGAACAAAUCAGAGCCAAUCAUCAUGCUUCACUGAGAAACCAGCUAAAACACAGAAUUAGAGAUCUCGAAUGUGAAUUGGACAGGAUAAAAAGUACCCAGAAAGACAGUAUUUUUCAAAAAGAAUCCACACAGGCAGAAGUGGAAAGGUACAAAGGGCUGUAUCUGGAGGAAGUAAAAAUUAGAAGAUGCCUAGCCAAUAAACUGCAAAGGGCUAAUGAGAGACUAGCAGAAGCCAACGCUAAGCUUCUUCAGGAGCGCCAUAGAAGCAAAUCUUUAAUCGCAAGCAGCAUUGUCAGUGGAGGUCUGGCUGCAAGUCCUGUUCUGUAUUCAGCUGAACUGGGACACCUUGGCAACAAUUUGGCACUGAACAGAAGUGUAAGUCUAGGAGGAAGCUUCCUAAGCCCAACUGGGAACGCAUUAGCAUCGAGAAACAGAGUUGAAGCCUAUGUGGCUAAGGUACGGCAGGAACUGGAUGAAAAAAUCACUAAAGAACUUGAACAGGCCACUGCUGAACUUGAAGCUGGAUCUGCUGGAGCUUCUCCCAUGUCCUUUAAUAGAUGGAUGUUACUCUCCUGUUCCAUGGGCUUCCUCUGCUCCUCCAGAUGUUCAUGAACCGGCUAUGACUUGGGCCCAAUCUGUCAGGAUGGCUGUUCAGGUUCAGUUGUUGGGCACCAACACCGGCUUGCUUUGGGCUGUUGUUGCAUUCAUCUGGCUCCUUGCGAAACUUGCUCUUCGUUGGUUUGGGUCAUUCCUUCUACAUUGCUUCCUAGAACGUACAACUCACAUUACAGAUUAUUUUACCCCAAGGUUAAAUCUCCUUGAGGCACACACCGGGUCUCCCCAUCCUUCCGCAUUACCCACCAAGUACACCCAGGUCCUUGAGCGAAGACAAUCCCAGAAAUGGGUUUGCCUUUUCCCAUGGGAGGAGCAAUCCACACCGCUUUCCCCAGCCACUUUCCCAUGUGUACUACAGGGACCUUGUCUCCUCCCACAGUAUGUAGGGGUUUCGUUUGGGCAGGACCAGGACGGUUAGCAGAUCCUCUGGUAUUAAUCAGCCAAGUGGCUUCUGCUAAAUUUGUAUCCCAGUGCUUCCAUGCCCCAUUACCUAAUGCCCUCAACAUAGUCUUUAACAGUCCAUUAUAUCUCUCGAUCUUUCCAGAGGCUUGUGGGUGAUAGGGGAUGUGAUACACCCACUCAAUACCAUGUUUCUUUGCCCAUGAGCUUAUGACGUUAUUUCGAAAAUGAGUUCCGUUGUCUGAUUCAAUCCUUUCUGGGGUACCAUGUCGCCAUAAAAUUUGUCUUUCAAGGCCUAGGAUGGUGUUUCGGGCAGUGGCAUGGUUUACAGGAAAAGUCUCUAGCCAGCCAGUAGUUGCUUCCACCAUGGUGAGUAUGUAGCGCUUGCCUUGGCGUGUUCGUGGCAGUGGCCCAAUAUAGUCAAUCUGCCAGGCCUCGCCGUAUCGAAAACCCAGCCACCGCCCUCUAUUCCAGGGAGAUUUUGCUCGUGUUGCUCGCUUGAUUGCAGCACAUAUUUCACAUUCAUGAGUGACUUGUGUGAUGGCCUCCAUGGUCAGGUCCACCCCUCGAUCACGAGCCCAUCUGUAUGUUGCGUCUCUCCCUAGAUGUUGUCGUGGUUUUACCCCAGCCGGCAGCUAAGCACCACGCAGCCGCUCACUCGCUCCCCCCCCCGCAUCGGGAUGGGGGAGAGAAUUGGAAAAGCUAAAGUGAGAAAACUCGUGGGUUGAGAUAAAGACAGUUUAAUAGGUAAAGCAAAAGCUGCGCGCACAAGCAAAGCAAAGCAAGGAAUUCAUUCACCACUUCCCAUGGGCAGGCAGGUGUUCAGCCAUCUCCAGGGAAGCAGGGCUCCAUCACGCGUAACGGUUACUUGGGAAGACAAACGCCAUCGCUCCAAACGCCGCUGCCCCCCCCUCCUCUCUUCCCCCAAGCUCCUUAUAAACUGAGCAUGACGUCAUAUAGUAUGGAAUAUGCCUUUGGUCAGUUUGGGUCACCUGUCCUGUCUGUGUCUCCUCCCAACUUCUUGUGCAGCCCCAGCCAUCCCGCUGGCAGGGCAGUGCAAGAAGCAGAAAAGGCCUUGGCCCUGUGUAAACACUGCUCAACAAGAAGUCCAUAGAACAAAAACAUCUCUGUAUUAUCAACACUGUCUCCAGCACAAAUCCAAAACAUAUCCCCACACUAGCUACUAUGAAGAAAAUCAACCCUCUCAGCCAAAACCAGGACAUUAUCCACCCCUUAUUCCAUACUAUUUACGUCAUGCUCAGGUCCCACACAAUUCAAUACAUCCUCAUUAAGCACCACCCCCCUUCUCAUCCCUUGAUAUAAUAUGCUGAUAUCAUUCCCUUAGUCUGUGGACCACCCUUUUAAAAUGUCCAUAAAUGUCCACAAAAUGUCCAUUGGGUUGACUUGGUCCACAACCUUGGGCUCCAUUCACCAUGGUGAUCACUCAGAACAGGAGAGGUGGUUGACGUGUGGAGUUACUGGGCACCAAAACCAGCUCAGGUCAGGUCCACUGCUGCACUUGCGCUGCUUCUUGUAAGGCUCGUUCUCCAUUGGUUCAGGUGAUUUCUGCUACAGUAAUUCCUGUAACAUGCAACUCAAAUCAUGGGUUACAACAAUUUAAAGGUAUUUCCAUUACAAUCUCCACCCCUGGUCCCUUCGAGUCAGACCAUCAAGUUUACCAUUGCAAUGAACACCUCCCCUUGCCCCUGCUCCGGCUUGAACUUACCCACAGACUGCAGUCCCUUAGGGGUGUACCUGCUCCAAGUGGAGCCUUAUCCACGAGCCACAGUCUCUCCAGGGGUACACCUGCUGUGGCAUAGACUUAUCCACAGCCACAGUCACUUUGAGGUGCACCUGUUCCAGCAUGGCCUUCUCCAUGGGCCACAAUGCCUUCAUAGAUAUACUUGCUCCAGCGUGGCCUUGUCCACAGUCACAGUCACUUCAGUCCUCUCAGAAAUAAACCUGCCCUGUCAUGGGCUCGUCCAUAGCCCCACGCUUUGAAAUGUUCCAGCAUGACCCCAUGCACAGCCACUGAUGCUUCAAGGUGUACCUGCUGCAGCAUGGACUUAUCCUUGCCACAGAUGCUUUGAGGUGUACCUUCUCCAGGAUGGACUUAUCCUUGGCUCACAAUCCUUACAGAGGUAUACCUGCUGCGGCACAGACGCAACCACGGCCCCAGACACUUCGAGAUAUACCUGCUGCGGCACAGACGCAACCACGGCCCCAGACACUUCGAGAUAUACCUGCUGCGGCACAGACGCAACCACGGCCCCAGACACUUUGAGAUAUACCUGCUGCGGCACAGACGCA